GAGUUGUUAGAAAGAGAGGAAACAGUGAACUUGUAGCUUUAACUAGCCAUAAUUUAUUUAGCAGAUUAUUUUGUACCUAAUUUUAUGGUUCAUAAAAAAUUGCGUCUGACGGAAUGCUUUCAAAACAUCAACAAAAAUCCAACCUCACUUUCUCCUGUCAUUAUAAUUUUAUUGUCAUAGCUUUGUUAUCUUUUACACAAGUUUAUUAUAAUGUCGAUUAACUAAUUAUUAUCGUGAAGUAAUUAAAGAAUGAGGACAUUAAGUAAAUGUUCUCUUAGCAGCCGCAAAUAAGUGAAUCGAAACGACUACCAUUGUCACCGUUAUCACUGUGAUUGCAUGACUCACUGGAUAUGUUGGACACAAUAGGUCUGUUGGUGCUAACGGGGCUGCUGUGGGGUUGCACCAACCCUUUCAUCAAGCGCGGCACCAAGGGUCUUCGAGACGUGCAAGCGGGUACUUGGCCCGCACAGGCCUGGGCUGAGGUCUGCUUUCUGCUGGGGAACUGGAAGUACGUGUUGCCAUGGCUGGUGAACCAGCUGGGCUCGCUGGCGUACCUGUUCGCUGUGCGUCGCGCGCCGCUCUCACUGGCCGUGCCGGCAGCCAACGGGCUGGCGUUCGCUGCCACCGCCGCCACAGGAGCCGCGGCCGGUGACCGGCCGCUAGACAGAGGUUCGAUUCUCGGGAUAGCGCUGAUCGUGGCGGGCACGGCGCUGUGUUGCUGGGACCAGGUGGACUAGCCUCGGUCGUGUUAACAAGUUGUAUCACGUGAUAAAGACGGGAUAUGACAUCCGUCUUUUUAUAUCUCGUAUGUAAGAUAUGAUAUGAAUAAUUUAUUUUUAUUCGGCACGUUGAAGUCUACGUAGUUUAUAAUGAGGUUGUAAAUGUAAGGUAUAAAGUGGUGCAAAAUAUUGUGACACAAUUUUGACAGCUGUCAGAUGGCGUUGUACAGUACAGUCGCCAUCAGAUAUAUCGGGGCGGCCAAGGCGCUCACAAAUAUCUGAACACGUCUCUAUUGCCAAGGCAGUAAAGUGCGUGUUCCGAUAACUGAGCACCUCGCAUAUCGGAUGGCGACUGUACAUGUGUUCAUAUUGUUUAAUAGUUGUAUGUAGUCUGUCAGUUAGUGGUAAUUUGUAUUUCUUUGCAGAUUGAUCGGAUAAUCCACCAAACACGUGUCUAUAAUCGUAAUAUAAUAAGUUUCAUAUACUAGCCGUGUCUUAUCCAACCUCGACAUUGGCAGAAUCAUCAACACCUUGAUGGAGCCAUAACACGAAUAAUUGAUUGAUUGGCCUAUAUGUAAGUCUAUCAAGCGAACAUUGCAGCGACUUGAACAGAACUAAGUGAGGCAGUGUCAUUAAACGCCGUAUUUACAUAUAAAUUUUACAAUAACGAUGACAUUGUCACACUAGCUAGAUUUUCAAGGGCAUACGUUUUAUUUGACAGUAUAAUAAUAAUAACAUAGUACAUUACGAUACAAGUGCGAAAAAUAGGAAAUUCGAAACGAGUGGCGAUAAAUUAAAACACGACCGAAGGGAGUGUUUUAAAUCGACACGAGUUGCGAAUUACCUAUUCGCACAUGUAUCGUACAACGUUUUACAGUACAUAUGGCCCGUUAAAUGUUCGACACAGUAACGUAAUAUGCUCAUUUUCGCACUAGAGCGGUAAAGUAGCACCAUAUGUACUGUAAAAAUGCUUUAUUGCACACUACAAAAAAAAAAAUGAAAGUAUAGUUACUUAAUACAAAACAUAUGGCGCCGUACAGCGCCAUCUAUUUAUUUUGUCACUACACUACCUUACGCGUUCUCUAUCUGUAGAAGUAUUAAAAUGAAACAAAAUCCUUGUCUCCAUAUACUUUAUUAUUUUUCAUUUAAUUUCUACAUCUAUUUAUUGCGUCUAUAUGUUUCAAUAAAUAUUGCACGUCCGUACGUAUCUUAUAUAAUUAGUUAAUUACAAAUAAAUAGGCACUGGAAAUAAUAUAUUUCGCAAAAUAUAAAAAAUAUACUUAAACACUAUUAGUUGCUUCGGGAGAUGUAGAAGUUUUUUCAAAAUUAAUUUAUAAUGUUAUGAUAACAGAACACAAGUCCCGAACACAACUAUUACCUCAAUGUAUUUAAGUAAUUCACCGAAAUACAAAUAUACUUUUA